GUUUUUUUGAAUAAUUUAAUGCAUUACUAAUUAUAUUAGUAUAUUGCUCCUGAUCCUUGGUGUGAAAGCUUGCAGAUUAUUUCGGAGAAAUUAUGAAGUUCGUUCUACUGUAAUUGUAUUUGAGAAUUAUUGCGUGUUAGUGUUGAGAUUAGUUGAAACCCUACAAGAACUUUCUAAGUUGGAAUAAAAGGGUUGUAAGUAAAAAUGAAAGGAAAAUGGAGUUACCGGAGGGAUUUGUUUGCAAGUAUUGUUGUGAUGGUUGGGAUGUGGAGCUGGAUGGUAUAUGGUGCAGAUGAGAUCAACAAACAAACGAGCUUUGUGAAUGUGGGUGUGGUUCUUGGUUUAAAAAGUUGGGCUGGAAAGAUGGGUUUGAGCUGUAUCAAUAUCUCCCUCUCUGAUUUCUAUUCUUCUAAUUCUCAAUACAACACCAAAAUCCAACUUCAUAUCACUGACUCUAAGGAUGAUCUUCUGCUGGCCGCUUCUCAAGCUUUGGAGCUAAUAGAGAAGAAUGAAGUAGAAGCUAUCUUGGGGCCAGAAAGUUCGUUCCAGGCUCCCUACAUUAUCCAACUGGGUGAAAAAUAUGAGGUUCCAUUACUCUCCUUUGCACCCCCACCACCAGCCUCUACUUUCUCUAAUUUAGAAUCUCCAUACUUGUUCCGAGCCUACAACCAUUUCUCCCAAAUUUAUGCCAUAUGCAACAUCAUUAAAGCUUUUCAAUGGAACCAAGUUGUUACCAUUUACCAAGAUGAUGAAUUUGGAAAGUGGCUUGUCCUAGAUCUCAUCCAGGCUUUACAGGAAGAGGAAAUAUACACCCAUGUAUACGGAAUCGACCCAGCAGCUUCAGGCGACCAAAUUAAAAAAGAGCUUGAAAGAUUGAGCGGGAAGGAACAAGCAACAAUUUUCAUUGCCCAUAUGGUUCACAGCCUUGCAUCUCGAGUAUUCGAGAUGGCUAAUGAAAUUAGGAUGAUGAGCAAAGGUUAUGCUUGGAUUCUCACCGACGCCACAGCAAGUGCCUUAAAUUCCAUGCAUUAUUCAACUCUAAGAUCGAUGCAGGGAGUUUUGGGAGUAAAAACCUAUGUCCCAAAGACAAUGAGACUUGACAACUUCACCAUUCGAUGGAGAAAUAAAUUUUUACAAGACAAUCCAGACAUCAUCGGAUAUUACCCAAACCCAGAAGUUUUUGGACUGUGGGCUUACGAUGCUACUUGGGCGCUAGCCAUUGCGGCCGAGAGUAACUUCGUUUCUGGGAUAGCUCAAAAUGGAACGACAAUCAUGGAGUCGCUGUCUAUGGUAAGCUUCAAAGGUCUGAGCGGGGAGUUUAGUUUGGGUAAAGGCCAACAAAAUUUAAAAAUAGUAAAUGUAAUUGGAGAUGGAGAUAUUAGUACGGUUGGGUAUUGGACGCCUGAAAUGAAGCUGACUGGAGAAUUUAAUCGGAACGUUACAUUAAGACCCAUUAUAUGGCCAGGAUACUCCAUUCAACCUCCUAAGGGGUGGAUUCCAUUUAAUCCAAGGAAGGUAUUGAAGAUAGGAGUUCCACUGAAAAGUACUUUUAUGCCUUCCUUGGUAAGUAACGACGGCAACAUCACUGGAUACUGUUUAGAUAUCUUCAAGGCGGCCGUUAGAAAGCUUCCUUAUACUUUUCCACUUCAUUUAUAUAUUCCUUUCGAAGGUUCAUACGACGACUUGAUAGUAGCAGUGUAUAGACGGGAAUUUGAUGCUGCGGUAGGAGACAUAACAAUAUUAGCGAACAGAUCUUCGUUUGUAGACUUUACUUUGCCAUUUACCGAUCCUGGAAUUGCUGUAAUCGUUCCUGUAAGAUAUGACUUGGUGGACCAUGGAUGGUUGUUCUUGAAGCCCUUGACUUUGAAACUCUGGAUCACUAGCUUCUGCUUCUUCGUUUUCAUGGGCUUCGUCGUUUGGAUUCUCGAACAUCAGAACACUGAAGAAUUUCGUCGCGGUCCUCUUUAUCAGCAAAUCGGCACCAGUCUCUGCUUCUCCUUCAGCAUCAUCGUCUUCGCCCAAAGGGAGAAACUAACGAGCAAUUUAUCAAGGUUCGUGGUGGUGAUAUGGUUCUUCGUGGUGUUCGUCCUAACACAGAGCUACACAGCAAGCUUAACAUCGUGGUUAACAGUGCAACAACUUCAACCAGUCACCGACAUGAAUCAGAUUAUGAAAAGAAAUUGUCGUGUUGGAUAUCAAAAUGGCUCCUUUGUUUACGACACAUUAAAGUUUUUAGGCAUACAAAACUUGGUACCCUAUACCACAUUACAGGAACUGCAUGAGCUCUUCACUAAAGGAGGCCGCAAAGGCGGUGUUGAUGUUGCCAUUGACGAGAUCCCUUACAUGAAGCUCCUUCUUGCAACUUAUUCUGGUAACUAUACCAUGGGGGAUUCUCAAUACAAGAGUGGCGGUUUCGGAUUUGCGUUCACACUAGGUUCAUCUUUGGUGGAUGAUAUAUCAAAGGCGGUGUUGAAAGUGACUCAGAGUGAUGAAAUGAACCAAAUAGACGAGAGAUGGUUUGGGAAGAAAAUCAGCCACCAAUCUGAUAGUAGCGACGGCUCAGAUGCGUCUUCUUCAAGCCUUGACCUGACUUACUUUAGGAACUUAUUCUUUAUCACUACCUUUGCGGUUAUCUUCGCUCUCACCCUUUAUUUCUUUCGUCACUCUGACUCGCCCACCAUAUGGACAAGAAUUAUUGCUGCCAUUUACCGUAUUAACGUAACGAAAGACGACGGUCGGAUCGAUAAUGUGGAAUCAUCGGUGCCGGCGGAAGUAGCGGAGGAGGCCUCUCUUAGCACCGACACCAAGCUACCGAGUCCUUCCACUGUUUGAUGAUUGUAUGACUUCUAUGCUACACAUCAACAUCUUAAUAAAGGGCGGAUCCGAAUUUAUGGGACCAAUUUAUAUUUUCUUUGAACUAAAGUAUGUGUGUAAUUUGUCAAACCUUUUAUAUUUUACAAGGACAAAGUAAUUUUUAAACCGCUCCAUAUAUAUUAUUUAGUAAUAUUGUCCGACAAGAUUUUUGAAGAAGUU